AUGGACCCGGACCUUAUAGUAGAGGAGGCGGGGGAGAUCAGUACCUCGCCCCGAACCUCCCUCCUCGGCAACACUACCAACAACAAUCUCAAUGUAUAUUAUUUUUACGAGUCUGUCCAGUUCACGGUGAUGUGGGUGCUGUUCGUGCUGAUCGUGGUGCUGAACGCCUCCGUGAUAGCAGCACUGCUCUGUACCAACGCCAGGAAGAGUCGCAUGAACUUCUUCAUCAUGCAACUGGCGAUAGCAGAUUUAUUCGUGGGUCUUAUAAACGUGUUCGGUGAUAUAGUCCACAAGAUCACCAUCGCCUGGCUGGCAGGAGAGUUCAUGUGCAAAUUUGUAAGGUUCUUACAGGGGAUUGUCGUGUACGCGUCCACGUAUGUGUUGGUCGCACUCAGUAUAGAUCGCUGCGACGCCAUCACAAAUCCCAUGAAUUUCUCCGGCAGCUGGAACAGAGCGCGUGGACUAGUGGUAUCUGCUUGGGCGGUGAGCGUAUUGUUUUCAAUACCUCUUCUAGUACUGUACGAGGUCAAGGAAGUUCAGGGUCAGCUUCAAUGUUGGAUCGAGCUGGGUAGUCCUCGUCGCUGGCAGGUGUGGAUGACGCUGGUCUCCGUGAUGAUCUUCGUCCUACCAGCGCUGGCUAUCGCUGCUUGUUAUGCGGUCAUCGUCUUCACUAUAUGGACGAAGAGUAAAGCCGUCGUCAUGAGCCCUCCGGUCAAUUCCAGAAGAACUAAGAGUUUGAGAAACGGUCGAAGUGACUGUGAACCGGAGUCACGGCGAGCCAGUUCAAGAGGACUCAUACCUCGAGCGAAGAUCAAGAGUGUGAAGAUGACGUUCGUUAUUGUGUUCGUGUUCGUGUUGUGCUGGUCGCCGUACAUCGUGUUCGACCUGCUGCAGGUGUACGACCAGAUCCCUUUGACACAGACGACGUCUGCUGUGGCGACGCUCAUUCAAAGUCUCGCGCCACUCAACUCCGCCGCCAACCCACUCAUCUGUUGCAUGUUUUCGCCGCAUAUUUACACUAGUCUUAGACGCGUGCCUCCUUACCGUUGGAUGUGGUGUGGUCGUGGUCGCGCACGCGGCACCCUCCGCUCACGGUCUGACUCAACUGCACACUCUGACCUGCUGAGCUCCACUCAUGCAAGAAGAUCACACUCGGUCGCUAAGGUUUUGAAUCGCUCGUCUGGAAGCUCAUCAGCUGGUUCUCGUCGCGCCCAGCUACUGGUGCUGGCACCUCGCCCGUGA